ACUUUUUAUGAUGGAGAUUGGGUAAAUAACAAAAAACGUGGAAAGGGUAAAUAAAAAUGGGGCGAUGGAACUCAAUGGCUGUAGAUUCAUAUGAUGGUGAUUGGAUAAAUAAUGAAAUGCAUGGAAAGGGUUUAUAUAAAUGGGCUAAUGGAGAUUUAUUUUAUGGAGAUUGGGUAAAUAAUAAAAGAACUGGAAAGGUUUAAGUUAAAUGGGCUGAUGGGACUUUAUACGAUGGAGAUUUGGUAAAUGACUAAUUACUUGGAUUUGGGGAAUAUAAAUCUGUUAAUGGUGAAAAAUAUAAUGGUAAAUGGGUCUUUAAUGAAAGAAUGUGA